AUGAAGAAACUAAUACUUCAAUUUCAUCAAAGAAUAUACUUAAAAUUCUACCAAAGGACAUCUCACUUUAAAGCUCUGCCAAAGAAAGGCGACUUAUUAACUUCAUUAAAAAAAGAUGCCACUGUUCCAAUUAUAACAAAAAGCAAUUUGAAAAUUUCACCAAAACAAGACGCUUCAGUAGCUUCAUUAAAAGAAGCUAGUACUUUAAUUCCAACAAAGAACAAAUUAAAAAUCCCACUUAAGAAAGAUGAAUUAGUAACCCCAUUAAAAAGUGAAGCUACUGCUUCAACUUCAACAAAAGAUAUACCUGAAAUCAUACCAAAAAAAGAAAGCUUGGUAAACCAGCUGAAAAAGAAAGCUGUUGCUUCUAUUCCAGCUAAGAAUAACCUUAAAACCUCAUCAAAGAAAAGUAACUUAGUAGUUUUAUUUAAGGAAGAGGCUUCUACUCAAAUUACAACUGAGAGUGACUUAAAAAUUCCACCUGAAAAAGAUUCCGCAAUACUUCCGUUGAAUAAAGAAGCAGAUACUUCAAUUUCAACAAAGAAUAUCCUUAAAAUUCCAUCAAAGAAGGAAAUCUCAAUCGUUACAUUGAAAAAAGAAGUUAUGGCUCCUAUUGCAGCGAAGAGCAAGCCUAAAGCCCCACCAAAGAAAGAUACUUCAGUAGUUUUAUUGAAAAAGGCAGUUAUUCCUCCUACUCCAGCAAAGAGUAAAUUUAAAAUUCCACCAAAAAAAAAUUUAAUGACUUUAUUAAAAAAAGAAGCUGAUACUUCAAUUUAG